AUACGAUGACGAUGAACGAAUUGCUCCAAAUGCUGCAACGAAUUUGCUUGAACGUGGUUAUAACAAUUCUUUUUUACUUACUGAAGUACUAUCAUAUUCUUAUACGGCUAUUGGAAAUUCAACUAAUAAAAAAGAUACACAGACAAAUGCAGCAAUUGAUUUUUGUCAAUAUCUCGUUCGAGAUGGGAAAAUGCUCGAAAAUGAACUUGAACCAUAUUUACCAUCAAAAAAUGCAUCUGUUCUUACCACACAAUCACUUGGAACUUUACCUGCUGGCGUUGUAUCACCACAUAUGUUGCAACGUAACACUACAGCAAAUGAAGUUGGUCCACCACCUACUCUUUUACUAUAUCAACCAGGACCACCAUCUAAUUAUCUUGAACAUAUUCGUUCUGAUCGAAAAAUGCUCGAAGAACAAGAAGAAACUGAUACAAAUGCAGCAAUACAUGAAAAUUGGACAACUGAUAAUGCCAAAGGUCGCCUUCAUCAAUAUUUACAAAAGAAUAAUCUUUCACAAGAAUAUAAAUAUACAUCAAGUGGACCAGAUAAUCUUCGAACAUUUUUUGCUGAAUUAUCUAUAUAUAUACGAGAACGUAAUCAAACAAUUCAUGCACGAGAAAAUGGAUCAACAAAACAAAUUGCUUCAAAAAGUUGUGCACUUGCACUUGUUCGACAACUUUAUCAUUUAAAUAUUAUUGAACCAUUUACUGGAGAAAAAAAGAAAAUACAAAUUGAAAAAACAACACCAUUUCGUGUUACGGUUAGUAAUGAUAUUGUCAAAGAACUUGAUGAAAUUAUUAAAUUAUUCAAUACUCAACCAGUAAUGAUAAAUGAACAACAAGCAAAUGGUUCAUUAUUAAAUCCUCAAAUAUUAGAACGUUUUCCUCCAAGUGAACGUCGUACAACAUCAUCUAUAAUUCAAUAG